CCAAGAUCCAAUUUCUACCCAAAGAACUCUGUACAAUACUUCCCAAAAUGACUCGAAUCCGACUGACCUUGAUCUUAGGCUUGGUUCUUUGCCACUCAAAAUUGACAAUCACUAUGACUAAUGAAGCGACUUCAUCAUUAAUUCAUUCUCCGGCUCAUGACAUGGAUCUCAAGAUGUUCGAAAACCUUGAUGACAUAGCUGAUUGCAAUCUAUUAGUCCCUUCAAACAAGCCACGUCUUUCGGAUGAACAUACGCAUUCUAUAAACCUAGAUUCGGAUAACCCCAACUCGAAUGAGUUCAUUGAAAGCUGUUCUUCUGGUGUUUAUGAUGGUUCAACAAGCUCCAAAUCAGAUUCAUCCUCCAGCUAUAGUCAUGUUGGCAGUGCAUUUACGGACAAAGAUACGCAUGAUGCGGUCAAUUCUUAUCGACAAAUCCCACUGCCUUUGCUCAAAGAAGAAGGCGGACAGCCUCAGGGAUCGAAAGUAGAUCAUCAAGCUCAGUUUGAGUCCCUGCCAACCGCGAAGCCCAAGCCGAGUUCCCAGAGGCACACAGCAUCUGACUCUGCGCCUGUGACUUGGGAAUCAAGCACGCAAUUGAUGAAAGGUCAUCUACCACAAGCGCAGGUGUCUGUGAAUACGCAAAGGCCUGAUGAUCUCAAGAAAGCCUUUUUCCUACAGAGAGCUCAACCUAUGAAUCGCAAACGCAAGAUGCCCGUCCAAGUCUACACGGACAACGACAAACUGCUGGAGGAUCUUAUCAUAUAUUCCCAAAAUUUAAUUCAAUCCCAGAGCACCAAAGAUAGAGAUGCACUCCGAGUUGUCCAAGAUCAGAUCGACGCGAAACAAGAUGAAAUAGCACAAUUACAAGCGCGCUCACUCAGCAAGGCAUCGAGAGUGAAAUUGGGAAGGCUUUUAGUGCAGAAGCCCGACUUGGAAUUUUCCGAGAGAGAGAUCUAUAUCUUUCAAGAAAGUCCUGAUAGUCAAAGUGUUACAAUCAGACUGUUAGCGCAUAACGAAAAAAAGGGACCAAAGCAUAGGGCAAAAAAGCUGGUGACCAGAAUCAACUAUAUUGCACAGUACCUGGAUGGUUUUGAUCACUUAUUUUCUCUGCUUGGACUGGAUGAACGUCAGCGGCCGGGAAGCGGAAGCGAGCCGGCCGGUGAACGGGAGGUUCUCAAAUGGUUCUACGAGUUGAUUUUCGUUGAUACUCAAGAUCAUCCGCCUCUUAUGGGCCCGGCUAAACUUUCGUUGCCACUAUCGGAAGAACAACAGAAAAAAUACAGCCCAGCUCAGAUGAUUCUCCGCAAAGCAUUCACCCAGGAAUCCGAAUUAACCAGCGCUCAAGCGGCUGCUGUCGCCUUGAAGUUGCGCAUGGAAUUCGACCAACCACAAUCCCCAAUGUCCCUUGACAAACUGGUUUCAAAUGCAUCAAGCCUAGUCUCAAAUAUACAUCCAGUUAAAAGUUUUCAAAAGGAACCAGUCCCUUGAACCAGUAACAUACAUGACCAGUUUUGCUUUGUUUUGCAUUACAUAAUUUAUCACGUUUAAUCUUGUGUCCAUUUUUUUCUAAUAUUGAUGUCCACUAAGACACCUAAGAUAUCAGUUGUCAGGUCAAAUGAAUCAUUUAUGCAUAGCAUAAUUAUAUCUCACUUAUUUUUUCCUUCAUGAGGAUGGCCUUCCAGAUUUUAAUUUUUUUUUCUUACAAUCAUUCAUCGCGGAUGAUCCUCAGAAUCAAAGCUUGAAAUCUGUGCC